UUCAUCUCUCUCUCCUCUGUCUCUUCCGCUUUCUACCGUCGGCUGUCACUGAUUUCCCAGGUGGAAAUGCUUCAUUACAGCUCUAAAGUGUGUAGACGUCAUAGGUGGAGAUGGAGGUGGAGAUGGAGGGCACUUCCUCCACGUGUUCACACACUCUCUCUGUCUAACUCGGUCACAUGGAAGAACAGAGGGACACACGCGCAGAGAAAACUCUCCUCAUUAACUAAUGAGCAGGAUGUCAACGACUGCACACACACACACACACACAUACACACACACUGAUUAUCUCAUCCUGUAACAGUCUUAUCAUCCUGCUGUGCUCUACUCACACAGCUGUACUCUCGCUCUCUUCAUUCAUGAGGUGAAACUACUUUCGUGGCGGACUCUACUCGCUCUGUUCAGCAUGGAGGCGGUGGCUCUUUUCUCUUUUACAGCAUCAGAAACAGACGAGAUCAGUUUUCACAAAGGGGACAUGAUCAAGGUGACAGAAAUGGAGGAUGAUUCUUGCUGGUUCACAGCUGAGAUCCAGGGGAAGCGUGGCUAUGUGCCCGAAAACUACAUUUCCCUCCUUCCUCAUACGUGGUUUGCGGGACGGGUGUCGAGACUUGAGGCUGAGCAGCGUCUCCGCUGGCAGGACACUGGAGUGUUCCUGGUGAGGGAGAGUGAAUCCGCUCCAGGAGACUUUUCUGUCUCCGUUAGCUACGGUGACAGGGUGGAACAUUUCCGAGUCCUGGAGGGGGGCGGUCAGUACUGCAUCUGGGACGAGUCGUUUUGCUCCCUGAACCGCCUGGUGGAUUUCUACAGAACUCACAGCAUCGCCAUGGAGAGAGUGGUCUGCCUCAGAGACCUUCCCUCAUCACCUCGCCUGCUGUCCCACCCUGGAUGUAACCCCUACCCUAACCCUUAUAAAAGCAGCUCUCAGGAGUCCCUCCUCUCGCCCCGCCUCUACUCUCACCCCUCUCACCCGGAGAGAGAAACCUCCACCCGUCUGCUGGAGCCAGUUUUGGGGAAACCUCGUCUGGCUCAUGCCCUCUGCGAUUAUACCCCGCCUCAAACCGCCCACCUCCACUUCCUGCGUGGCGAUAUCAUUGACCUGUUGGACUGCUCUAGUUCACUGACCUGGAGAGGGCGCUGUCGAGGCCGAGUAGGAAUCUUUCCACGAGAAUACGUCCAACAGGUGUACCACUGACACUGACCUAUCGAGCUGUAGUGAUUUACCGUACUAAUCCAAUGAUUGAACUAGAGCUGAAACAACUGGUUCAAUAAUUGAUUAAUCAACAGAAAUUUUCACUACAGAUUAAAGGCCCUGAAAACUUAUUUUCUCAAUCAGCUUCUUAUUUUGAGCUAUGGGACCUUACCAGGAGACUGUAUUUUCAGCAAAAGUUAGCACAGUUUGGUUAUUUAACAUGAGACAUUUCUUCAUGUCUGUUUUCCUCUGCGCUCUUCUCACUGGUUUAAAGUGGAACGAUAUUAUGUGCUUGUAUGUCUAUAUGGUAACACUUCAUUUUAAAUCUCUCUAUUUAGCAUUUAUAAGUGGUACACAAACGUUUCAUAAAUGGUUUACAACACACUUUAAUGUAGGCAUAUUUAUGAAUGUAGCUGCCAACAACUAUAACUACUAAAACAAGUAAACCUGUAAUAAUAUGUCUUACUCAAAGUUAUAAUUGCUGACAAAUGAAUAAACACCCAUAAAUGUCCUUAUAGCUCUGUAUAAAUACAUUAUAGUGUGGUAUAAACCAUUUAUUAAAUAUUUAUAAAUUGCUAAUAAAUGCUAAAUAUGGGGGAGUGUUACCUAUAUGGAUAUUUACGUCAUUCCAGGAGCUUUGUUUUGUAGUAACUGUUCGCAGGGCUAGUUGGUACUGUAGCUAGCGAGCUAACUCCUACAAUGCUAGCUCAACUCAAGCACAACAGCUCUACGAUCUUCUCUCUUUCUUUCUUUUUUUUUUGUACUGGACCAUUUCUCCCCCUGGUAGUUUGUUAUCAGGACUGAACACCGUUUCAUGUUGUAAAGAGUUACUGAAGAGGGCAAAGGGUCAACAAUCAGUUAACAAGCUUGUUAGCUAGCUCACUAGCAGGACAAAAAAGUUCAGAGUUUAUUCAAAAGAUAAAUUAGUACCAUCGACUCCUGUCUCAUAUGAUGCAUGUGUAAUAAUAAGCUACAAUAGCUUUUCCAUUUUUAGUCUCUGUUUAACAGCACAAAUCUUCACUUCACGAAAGUUGUAUUUCAUGACAAAAAUUUGCAUGGAUUUGCUUUGCUGUUGCAUGUGAAUCCUCUGAUUCCACUGAUCUAAAUACUGCUGUGACUGGACCUUAACUGUGUUAAACUGUUAAUAAAUAAUGCCCAAAAAUGUUUGUUUUUUUUACUAUAAUUUUUGUUGAUUUAUUCCUAAAUACUUAAUGGUACAGAAUUAUUAAGAUUUGAAAGAAGCUUUUCAGGGAUUUUAAUCAUUUAAGUCAGUUAUCAAGCAAAAAGACAAAUAUUUGCCAGUUUCAGCUGCUCAUAUGUGGGCAUUUGCUGCUUUCCUUUGUUUUAUGUCAUUAUAACUGAAAGCCUUGGCUUGUGGACUGCUGAUCAUACAAAACAUGCAAUUCAAAGAUGGCACUUUGGGUUCUGUGGGUUUCAUGUUUUUCCGACUAAUCAGUGAACCAAAAAUGAUAAGAAUCGUUGCCCUAGAGUGAGCCUUUGUUGUUUUUUGGGCCCUAACUUCCUCCUUUCUCAAACAGUCUGUACUGAAUAUGACUGAAAAAUUGAACUUUAUGUUCACUUUGUUUUAACAUCUUGUCCAUGCCCCUAACCUCCCCAUGUAGUAAGAAAACUGU